ACAAAGCUAGAAAAAUUAUUUUCCACUCCAGAAAUUAAUGAUCAUGAGCUCGUAUUUGAUGGAGUCUAACUACAUUGAUCCGAAAUUUCCUCCAUGCGAGGAAUAUUCGCAAAAUAACUACAUCCCCGAGCACAGCCCCGAAUAUUACGGCCGCGCCAGGGACCCGGGCUACCAGCAGCAUCACCACCAGGAUUUGUAUCCUCCUCCACCGCGGGCCAGCUACCAGGAGCGCCAGUAUAACUGUGCAAGCAUCCCCGAGCCUGACACGCCGAGGGGACAUGGGAUAUCCCACUCUGCGCAUCUGCUGACGGGAAAGGGGCAGCCUGCUUCAUGUGAAACCCCACAGUUGUCCAUGUCCCCCGCUACCCCACCAGCCGCAGCUUCCGCCUGCAACCAAGCCACCCCGGAGCAUCCAAACAGCGCCGCCUCGUCCAAGCAGCCUGUGGUGUAUCCCUGGAUGAAGAAGAUCCACGUCAGCACUGUGAACUCGGGUUACAAUGGGACGGAGCCCAAGCGGUCUCGGACAGCAUACACCCGCCAGCAAGUGCUGGAACUGGAGAAGGAGUUCCACUAUAACCGCUAUUUGACUCGGAGGAGGCGCAUCGAGAUCGCCCACACCCUGGUCCUGUCCGAGCGCCAGAUCAAAAUCUGGUUUCAGAACCGCAGGAUGAAAUGGAAAAAGGACCACAGGCUGCCCAACACCAAAGUGCGGUCCUCGUCCUCUUCCAGCUCCAACUCCAGCUCUGCAGCCGGCGCCGUGGUCCCUUCCGCGGCCACAAACACAGGGGCCUCCGAUGAACUGAGCGGAGCACAGCAUGGCGAGGAUAUUACCAGGUUAUAAAACCACAUAUGCAGGAGGGAUAAAAAACUGAACUGCCUAUUUAUAGAAUUAUUAUAUAUUUUGUUUUUUUCGUAGCCAUCUUGUGCGGUUUCCUCGAAGUCCACCGUUAUAUAAAAUGCAUGUUAUAUAGCAUGGAUUACUGCGAAUACCGAUGACUUAUUAUUAUUUUUUUUACGUGAAACAGGGUUUAAUUUAUUUAGAACUCAUUUUGAAUUGUGUUUUAUUAUGUUUUCAAUGAAGGAAAAAUGUACAUAGGUAUACAGUACAUUUUAUCCAAAUAUUAUUGUGGGCUAUUCUUUCGCCCUGCUGCCCAGGUGAAAUGCACAAUCUAUUUAUUUCAAACUACACUGGAAGGAAAUCAAUAUAAUAAUAAUUAUUUUUGGUAUUAGGGGAGAAAAAACACUGAUCUUGAACUUGUGUGUUUAGGAUAAUAAUGUGACACUUACCUCGUGUAUUUCAGAAGCAGGAUUUUUUUUUUUUACAGUUGAGUUUUGUGGUGUUGGUGUUGUGUUUAGGCCGUUUAAAAAAGAGAUUAUUGUGAAAUGCAAUAAACGGAGUUUAUUAGUGUACUUGUGCUAAUCAUCUUGGUCAAUAAAACAGUGAGUGUCUUCUAGUUUUAUAUACGUUUGGUCCAGCUUCGUUGUAGGCAGCGUAAGGCCAUGUUUGGCUCUGUGCAGGAGUGUGUGAAUAUUUGAAUAUUUCAAACAAAAUCACUGUGUUUUUAAAUUGUUAUUAUGAAUGCUGCAGCUUAUUGCUGCUUGUGUGCGUGUGUGUGUGUGUGUGUGUGUGUGUGUGUGAGAGAGAGAGAGAGAGCGUGUUUGUGUGUGCGUGACUUGAACACAAAGCUGCAUGCGAAUCAAUUUAGACGCAAUGUGUUUAGAGGUUGGAAAAUAGUCUUAUUGGUUUUGUAUAGUUGCCCUGCUUUUUCUAUAUAGUUCAUGCGCCACGUUUCCACAUGUACAAAAUAAAGUGAAUAAAGUCAUGAUUUGCCAAUAUGUAUCAUGUGAGUUUACAGUGAAUAGCAGAACCUGAGUGGGAUAAUAUGGGCUUAAAUUAUUAUUUUACAAUACAUA